AUGGCUCUACGGAUUCUUGUUUUUAUCACUGGAACUUUAAUUUAUGUUUCAUGCACAAAUGAGGAUUGUUUUGAGUUUGGAAUCCCAUACAGAGGAUCAAUAAAUACAACAAUCUCAGGGAAACAAUGUCAGAGAUGGGACCGACAAUACCCACAUCAACAUGUAUAUGAUAACUGGCCUGGCACUGAUGAGAAUUUCUGCAGAACGUUUCAAGCAGAUCAGCCUUGGUGUUACACGACAAAUUCAGAACUACGAUAUGAGUUCUGCUAUGUUCAAAUUUGCGGCAAAUCAAAUGUGACAUGUAGAUUGCCUGGGUAUUUAUACACUGGAACCAUGAACAUGACGAAAUCCGGGCUUUCAUGUCAGCGCUGGGAUACACAAACUCCACACGAACACACGUAUGGUAGUUUUAGUCAUGCAAUAGAGAACUACUGUCGAAACUUUGAUAGAGAGGAACCUUGGUGCUUCACGAAUGAUUCUUCAAUUCGGUUGGAAUUGUGUGAUGUAGAAUUAUGCGGUUAG